AUGAAGACCGGCGAUAGCACAGUGAGACGGGCAAAAAGGACAAGGACGCAGGAUAAAGGAAGAUUGGCAGCUGCAUCAAAUACGAGUCUAACCGACGACGUCGAUACGCUUACGAACAGAAAUUUAUACUCCGAUAAGGUCCUCGCAGCUAGCGAGCGAUUCAAUCACCUAAAGAAACAGAAUGACAACUGGGAGCAAGAAAUGGACUCGUUACGGAAGCAGGUUGAUCGUGUGCGCGAGAAUGUUUCUGCUGCGAAGGAAGAAAUGAAAGGAUAUCAGUUGCGUGAUGAGGAGAAGCGCAUUGAACAGAUUAUGGAGAGUCGUGUUCGUAUUCUUGAGAAUAUGCGCAGCAAUAUGGCUGAUGAGGCAUGGCGAUGGUAUCAAGCGAAUCGCGAUAGAUUUCGGCAUCCAGUAUACGUACCAAUUCUUCAUAUGACGGUACCCGAUGCGAAAUCGGCAAUGUUACUCGAGAAUCUGAUAGCUCUGCGAGAUUUGCCGAUGUUCAUCUUUGGUUGUAAGGAAGAUGAGGCGCUUCUGACUGACCGUAGACACAACUGGAAGCUUAAUUCGACGGUUGUUGCUCCUUCGCAGGUGAACUUAUCGUCACUUUCCUCGACUGUUACCCAAGAAAUGAAGGGAUUUGGUUUUACGCGUUUUGCUGCCGAUUUGUUCACUUCACCCGAUGUCGUUAAACAUUACAUGUGCAGCGUUGCUCGACUGCAUCAAGUACCGAUCGGAUCGGCAAGAUCGAAUGAAUACUAUGAUGAAAUAAAAUCUGCCUUUGCGAACACCCCGUAUAAAUUGUAUCUAACGGAUAGGUACAGGGUGCAAUUUACUGUUUCGAAAUAUGGAUCUCACGAAGUCAUCGGCCAGCAGAGUGAAUUGAGAUCUCCAGCGCAGUAUUUUGUAGCGCACACAUCCUCACCCGAUGACAAAAGUAAUUUGAAGAGGAGCGACAACAGCUUCGAACUCGAGUAUGAUUUUUGUCCGAAUUAG